AUGCCUUCUGCUCGUGAGAGAUUGGCUGAGCUGAGGGCCCUCCGUGCCUCCGGCAAAAAACGCAUCGAUACCUAUGAAGUCGAGGAACAAGGCGACAUUUACGAAGAGGUCGACGACGACGGCUACAAGAAGAUCAUUCGCGACCGUCUUGACGAGGAUGACUUCGUUGUAGACGACAAUGGAGCCGGAUACGCAGACGAUGGGCGAGAAGUUUGGAACGAAGGCACCGCAGAAUACGACAGUGACGAUAGCGACGAAUUACCCGCACAAAGCAAAGCCGCAAAGCGAAAGCGUGAGGAGGAGAAACAACGGAAGGAAAAGUUGAAUAAUGGAAUCUCGAAAUACUUCAACAGCGGAACUUCUGCGGCAAGCGCACCAAAGCCCAAGCCCGUUGCCACCGCCGAAGAUGAUGCCUUCAUGGCCGACCUGCUCGGAGAAGUCGAUACAAACGUCGUUCGCAAACACGUUCCUACGCGAAAUCUCAUCAAGUCCGAUGCCCGACGCAAAGUUCGGGUGCUCUCCCCGCCCUUGUCCGAGAGGCGACGCAUCGAAAAGGCUCGCCCGAAAGACGAAAAUGAUAUGCCAAGUUCGCCGGUCAAGUUGGAACAGUCCAACCUCGACUCGGAUGGCCCGCUUCCCAUGGCCGACGAUGAUGAUGUGGACAUGAACGACCCCCUACCCUCAUCUCCCAUCAGCAAGGCCGUGGAGCGUAAGACGAUUGUUCCCAUCAUCAAGCACGAGGUAUCUGAUGAUGAAGAUAUUGAUAUGAUGGAUGUGGCACAAGCGACCGUCAGCGCAGGCGCAAAGACAGCCAACAUCAAUAUGACCGGCAGUCGGCCUCCGCCGAAGCUCAAGAAAGAGAUUCUCCCGACCCCUGCAAGCUCAUCGCCAGCCAAGGCCGCUCCAGAAGUCAUGGAUCCUUCUUGGAAUGAUGUGAGAGACAAGCUUAAUGUUCUUAGCAGCCCGGCACCGGAGAUGCGUUCCUUCGGAAAGCUGCGUGCCCAGGAUGUUGUGGAAGAAGAUGGAAGUCUGCGAAUGUUCUGGCUCGACUACACAGAGGUCAACGGCAGUCUCUGUUUGUUCGGAAAGGUGAAGAACAAGCAGAACGGAUCUUAUGUCAGUGCAUUUGUGAAGGUCGACAACAUCCUGCGCAAGCUGUACUUCCUGCCACGCGAGCACCGUCACAAACAAGGACGGGAAACCGAGGAGGAAGUUGGUAUGGAAGACGUUUAUCAGGAGGUCGAUGAGAUGAUGACGCGUGUGCGUGUUGGUAUGCACAAGAUCAAACCUUGCACCCGAAAGUAUGCAUUUGAGAUGCGAGGCGUUCCUAAGGAGAGCGAAUAUCUCAAGCUACUAUACCCAUACGACAAACCCGCCCUGCCAAUGGAUGUCAAGGGCGAGACUUUCUCGAACGUCUUUGGCACAAACACUUCCCUUUUCGAGCAGUUUGUCCUAUGGAAAAAUAUCAUGGGUCCUUGCUGGCUCAAAAUCGACGAAGCCGACUUCUCCGCUGUCAACAACGCUUCCUGGUGCAAAUUCGAGUGCCAGGCAUCCAAGCCGGCUCUCAUCAGCCCAGUUCCAGAUUCCGAGAACCUCGAUACGCCACCCCUGACUUUGAUGAGUCUUUCCUUCCGUACCCAACUCAACGUGAAGGAAAACAAGCAGGAGAUCCUCUUGGCCAGUGCUCGAGUCUACGAAAAUGUUUCUCUGACGGAUACUACACCUCCUGAAAAGCUUCCUUGCAAGACAUUCACCGUUAUGCGCCCAGCUGGAAACUCCUACCCAAUGCACUUCGAGGCCGAAACGAAAAAGCAACGAGGCACUUUCAUGCUCGAGAAGAGCGAGCAAUUCUUGCUGAGUAAAUUCUUAGCAUUGUUCGAGAAGAUGGACCCAGAUGUCAUUAUGGGCCACCAAUUGCAAGAUGUCGACCUCAGCAUUCUUCUCAAUCGUAUGAAAGAGAAGAAGACUCCAGGUUGGCACCGCAUUGGUCGACUCCGCCGUGGCGACUGGCCAAAGAACUUCAACAGGGGAGGCAGCUUCUUUGCUGAGCGACAACUUAUCGCAGGUAGACUGCUGUGUGAUACUGGCAACGACAUGGGCAAGUCUCUUAUGAUGAAAUGUCAAUCGUGGAGCUUGUCGGAAAUGUGCCAGCUCUAUCUCGGCGAAGGUAAUGUUCGCCAAGAGGUCGAUGUUGAGGCAGCUUUGAAAUCGUGGGCAUCGACCAAAGAAGGUCUCAUGAACUUUGUCAACCACGCCGAUACAGAUACUUACUUCGUUGCCGCCCUGGUUUUGCGCUUGCAAAUGCUUCCUCUCACCAAGGUAUUGACGAACAUCGCUGGUAACUCAUGGGCACGUACUUUGAGCGGUACUCGCGCUGAGCGUAACGAGUACAUUCUGCUUCAUGAAUUCCAUCGCAACAAGUACAUUUGCCCCGACAAGUAUUCUGCACGUCUGCAAAAAGCCGAAGAGAAAAUGCAAGAUGGCGACGAUGAAGAGGCCGGUGACAAGAAGAAGAAGGACAAGUAUAAGGGAGGUCUCGUCUUUGAACCCGAAAAGGGAUUGUAUGAUCGAUUCAUCCUGGUUAUGGAUUUCAACAGUCUGUACCCAAGUAUCAUUCAGGAGUACAACAUCUGCUUUACAACGGUGGACCGAACAUCCUCGGCUGAAAAUGAGAAUGAGGAGAAGGUACCUGAAGUCCCCUCUUCAGACCAAGAUCAAGGCAUUCUUCCACGUCUCAUUUCAACCUUGGUCGGUCGUCGACGCGAGGUGAAGAAGCUGAUGAAGGACAAGCGUGCGACACCCGAGCAAUUGGCUCUGUGGGAUACGAAGCAACUUGCCUUCAAGCUUACUGCGAACUCAAUGUACGGUUGUUUGGGAUACACCCAAAGUCGUUUCUACGCUCGCCCUCUGGCGAUGCUCACUACCUUCAAGGGUCGUGAGAUUCUUCGCAGCACCAAAGACCUGGCUGAGAGUAAGCAGCUGCGUGUCAUUUAUGGUGACACAGAUUCCGUCAUGAUUAACACCAACAUGGACACUCUCAGCGACGCGCUGAAGGUCGGAGAAGAAUUCAAGAAAUCAGUCAACGAACGCUAUCGACUGCUAGAAAUUGACAUUGAUAAUGUUUUCCGCCGCCUGUUGCUGCAUGCGAAGAAGAAGUAUGCCGCUGUCAACCUUACAGAGGUAGAUGGCAAGUACAUCGAAAAGCUUGAGGUCAAGGGUCUGGAUAUGAAGAGACGUGAAUACUGUGCGCUGUCGAAGGAGGUCUCUUCCCGACUUCUCAAUGAGAUUUUGUCUGGUGAAGAUCAGGAAGUUGUCCUCAACAAGGUUCACGAAUAUCUGCGCGAACUAGCUGAAAAGAUGAAGGAGUUCGCGGUUCCUGUUCAGAAAUACGUUAUUUACACGAAACUUUCUAAACGACCCCAAGAAUAUCCCAACAAGGAGAGUAUGCCGCCAGCACAGGUUGCCCUCCGAGACAUUGCUCGGGGUAAGAACAUUCGACCAAACGACGUUAUCUCCUACAUUGUCACCAGCGGCGACGCCGAGACAGCGGCUUUACCCCCAGCCAAGCGAUCUUACAGCCCUCAAGAUGUUCUGAGGCCAAACUCGGAACUCAAGCCUGAUAUCGAAUUCUACCUUCUGAAGCAAAUAUUCCCUCCCAUUGAGCGUUUGUGUGCACCGAUUCCCGGUACCGAUGCUGUCCGCCUCGCCGAAUGCCUUGGACUUGAUACCCGCAAGUACCAGAUCAAUACCUCGAGUGCCAACAAGCAACAAGAUGCCGAGAUCUUCCCCUUGGAGUCCCAGAUUCCCGACUCCGUCCGGUUUGCCGAUGCAGCACGCUUCACUCUCAAGUGCCGACACUGCACACUAGACUCCACCUUCGAAGGACUGGUAGACUCCCCCCCAAAUGUCAUUGUCGCACAAUUGGAGAGCCAGCUUCGUGAACAAACAGCAGCAUACUAUGAGGGAUGGCUGGUUUGCGACGACUCCGCCUGUGGCAACCGCACGCGACAGAUCAGUGUAUACGGACACCGAUGUCUCGGUCCGCGAGGUCGUGCCGAGGGCUGUCUGGGCCGUAUGUCCUAUGAGUACAACGAGAAGCAAAUCUACAACCAGCUCCUGUACUUCUCCGGUCUCUGGGAUGUGGAGAAGGCGAAGACUGCGGCCAGCAAGGAGACUGGGGAAAAGAAGGAUAGCCUCGCUGCUCUCGCCGAGUUCAACCGGACAAGGUUUGGCACGAUCAAGACGGUUGCUGAUGGCUAUUUGAAGAAGUGCGGUCGGCAGUGGGUUGAGAUGGACAGCCUUUUCCGCUUCAUGUUACAAUAA